UUUGGCCUACGCCGUCCAACCAGCCCAUGAUGCUCUGUAGCGCCAAAUUCUGAAAUGCAGGCCAAAUGUAGAAUGGCCACUACAUCGUAUCCACGCAUUGAAAUGUUGUUGUGGGCGUCAUGAAAACCUUCAGAGCUGAUGUAGAAGACUUCCUUGAGUCAGUCAAAAAACUUUUAACUUUGCACCAGCAAAAUGAAGUGAAGCCAAGUGUCAUCUUCAAAGACUACACGCUGUCACUCGUUGACUCUACAUCUGAAGAAAUAAGAGAAAUCCUGGGGUCCGAUCACAAUUUUUGGAAGGAAGGGAAAGUCAUCUUAGUCCAGGAAGAUGACAUCUCCAAGGGCUUGGGAAAAAACAACAGCAGUUUAAUGGAUGAGUUUCAGGAUGAUGCUGAAAGAUCAUAUGUCAGUAGGAGGAGUGACGCAGAUCCUGAUGAAUGUAAGACUUGUUGGCCGGUAUCCUUGGACAAAGCCAGAUAUCUUCUUUCUCUUCACAAUAUCUGCAACAACCCACACCUUGCCUCGUUGCGAGGAACAGACGAAGGGGCAGACGAUGCGCUACCUGAUAUGGUUGUGUACUGUGAUGGUAAAGACAGAGACCACACCGCAGUGAUGGCAUGCUCAGCCAAUAAGAGGGCGAGGUCGGCGGAGGGUAAAGGUCAGAGGUCGCCAGGCAUGUCAGUGACAACUGUGUCUUGUUUUGGUCCAGUGAUGUCCAAGUCCAGUCUUCUUACCGUUGACCAAGUGAUUCAGCAGAGUGGAGGCCUACAGCAUAAAGACAAUGUGACUACCUCUGCUCUUGCUCUGUAUGAGAUUGUAGGAAUGACCUACCAUGAGACGUCAGUCUUGGACCCAGCAAGCCACAGUCACUGCACAUCGGUCACGAUGGAUUGCAGCUGGGAACACGUCAAAGCAAUCCUGGAGAAACCUCACAGCGCCAAAUGCAAUGUGCAUGUGCGCGCUGUACCAGGAGACAUGAGGAGUGCAGCUUACAGUGUUUAUAAAGAGCUCUCAACACUAGUGGGUUUUGUUCAGGGAUUGGAAACUGAAGAACUUGAAUGGAACAUGGAGGAGUCAUCAAGCGAAUCAUUAGAGGUGGCCGUGACCAGACUCAUUGAGAAGGAAAAACAAGGGCCGCAGAGAAAGCCAGAACUCCAGGUACAAACUCCCCUGGAGAACAGCGACACCGAUUUUGAUUCCCUCCUCCGUGGCUACGUCAUUCCCGAGCGUCAAGAUCUCUACUUCUCGGAGAGUCUCUGGACCAUCCUGUGGUCCAAGGCCACGUGUUAUGAUGAUGUCAUCAAAGCUUUCUCCGUGGUCUUCAGGGAACUUAAGACAGGAGAACUGCAGCCUAUUGUUCACAGUGAUAACCAGAGCAUUUUGGCCAAGGCCAUCCGUGCCUCCUACCAACAGCAGAUGCACACAGUCAGUGUGGAUGAAGUGGCCAUAUUGACCAUGCUGGUGGAGAUUGGACUAGACAAACUCAGGCGGGACUAUACCAACUUCUUCAUUGCGAGCGAGCUGACUACGCUGAACCAGCUCCAGUGGUAUCUUGAAUCGGGCGACGCCUGCUCCCUGGCCGAGCAGGCAGCCCGCCUGCAGGCCUUGCAUAAUGUCCUGGAGGUCGCUGUGGUCUCUGUGACCUCGCUCAAACUCCCGCCCGAGCACCGCAGGGCCCUUGUUAGAUCCGGCUUGAGUUACUUCCAGUCCCAUCCUCAUGAUGACAUCCACACAUUUAGCCUUCCCGUCGAGGCAGCGACAGUACAAAGCCUUUACACAAGCUACCAACCCUCUCUGUGGAGAUUAACCGUGAAAGGCAGUUCAGGCACCAGCUCUUCCUAUCAGCUGAGCAUGAAGCCACCCAUGUCUCACAUUCAUGGAUUGGACCCAGACAUUAGCGUGGGUGACCUAACCUGUGCUGGAUCCUUCUGUUACUAUGUGGCUCACACGCAGGAAAGCAAGGCUUCAUUUGUGUGAGGACAAAAGCUGGACUGAUCUCACUGGAGCAGCCUUUUUAUCAGGACCACUCGGUUACAUCCAAAGCGAUACCUAGAGGCUUCUCUGGCAUUGUGCGCCUAUUUGUUUACCUCCAAACACCCACCCCCUUUGGUAACCCCAUUUGUCAAGUCUGCCUCCUGCACACACUCAGUAGCAUUGUGGGAGUCACCCGAUGUCUCAUGGUCUCCGACUCAAGCUUCACCUAUUGCCUGCAGACUCAACAGCCAGCUUUGUAGUGUUUGCACCACACGGAAACGCUUCCGUCUGUGGCUUCAUGCUAUCACAAACCAUUGAUUCGUACUGAUCGAGCCUGAUUCCAGUCAAAUGAAGCCAAACCGAGAGACACAGUCACAGUUUGAGGAAUGCCCACACACUCCUAACUGACAUGGGCCCUUUAAUCCAGCUGGUCAUGGUCCGUGCCACUGUUGUCACUGAUGCCCUCAUGUCACUUUGCCUGGCUCUGGCACGCGUUCAGACUCGGUGAGUGUGUGUGUCUGCGUGACGCACCCUUCUGUGGACCUUUGAAUAAGAAACGAGGUCCACAUAGUGCCCAGUACAUGUUUGUCUAGCAUGUGUUGGUAUCCAUAGGUCCUCAGGUGGUUUACCUCACUCUAGUAAAACAGCAUCAGUGGAAUUCUGGAGGUCAGGGUUAUCAGUUACGUAAAGAUGGGAACAUUCACAAAAGUGAUAUUAGGAUUUCUUUUUUAAAGAGUGUUCAAGUUGCUCUUAAAAAAAGUAGGUUUUUCCCUUCCAUUUUCUAAACUAUGUGCAUAUAGAAAGGAAUGCCAAACAAGGUUUUUUAUGUCUGUUAAGCACAAACCUUGGGGAUCUGUUCUUGGCGUGCUUAUCAUCAUUGACUUUUGACUAUCUGUGUUUACGCACAACACCCGCUAUAUAUUGCGUCCAUAUGGUUGGAAAUCCAGACCAUGCACAUUGUACGUAUAUGGAACAAAUUCAUUUCAAGUUGUAUUCAGCCGGAGUCGUGCAGUCGUUGCAAAUUCAAUUCAAUGUGAUGCCGGAGAUGCAUGGGCCAUAAUUAAAGUAACUGGACGGAUAUAUACAUGUACGUUUACACAUUAACCAGAAAGGUUAGGAGAUUUCAAGAUCAAGAUGCUGUUUCUCCUGAGAUGCUGAACAGCACAGUACACUGAGAAUAUUUUCUGUUUGUCGGAUUUUGAGUUAAGACACAAGUGUCAAAGAGGGAUUUACAUUAACUACCUUUAAAAAAAAAUGGAAUAAAUCGAGCUGCUGGUAUGGUUAUCACUAAAGUAAGUUCGCUGACAUUUAAAGUAGGAGCAACUUUACGCAUUUGCAUUGAUUUCCAUGUAACUUUAUGUUUGCUUUAUUCAUGUGCAUGCACAUCUGAUCCUGCUUUCCUAGCUUUGUGCGUACGUUAUAAAAAAAUAUGCUUCAUAAUGUAACCAAUACGGGCGUUUCAAAAUGGCGCAUCUCCAAGAGUUUGCAACGCGUUGGCACAGUGUGCGAAAUCCGUCGA